AUGACCAACCUACUAGAGCAAGAGAAGCGGGAACAAACGUCGCCGAUCACGACGUUGCCCUUCCCACCAGUAACCCCUCAACAUAUCCUCAACACGUCCUUCCACUCGUGGUAUCCCCGUUUCCGAUCCAUGACGCCCAAAGCAAGACUGAUCCCCCUCUCGCAACCGUUUCUGGACUAUCUCCGCGCCGACGGGAUCAUCCUGCCCCCGGAACACAAGUCCUCGACCAGCGACGCCGAAGACUCAGGCUACGACGACGAGGGUUCCGACGAUGCAAGUGCCGACACCGAGCUCGACCCCUCUGAAAGCUGGGCGGACGUGCACGCGGCCAUCGCCACCACGAUCCGAGACCUAGGCGGCAAGGUGGUCCCCAAGCUGAACUGGUCGGCACCCAAGGACGCCACCUGGAUCGCCACCACCAACGACAUGGAGUGUCGGACCCCCAACGACGUCUACCUCCUCCUCAAGUCCAGCGACUUCAUCACCCACGACCUGGAGCACGCCUUUGACGGGUGUGUCCUGCCCGAGUUGGCGGACGAUGCCCUCCCCCACGUGCCCUACCACUUGGUCCUACGGAAGGCGUUCAACCUCAACCCCAGUCUGGAGUUCCGGUGCUUCGUGCGCCAGCGGCGUGUGAUUGCCAUCUCGCAGCGCGAGAUGAACCAUUUUGACUUUCUGUUUGAUCUGCGCGACCGCUUCGGCAGGCUCAUUCGCGACUUUGUCGAGGAUAGGCUGGUGGCCGGGUUUCCGGACGAAAACUUCGUGGCAGACGUGUAUAUCCCGCCGCCGCAUGAGAAGGUGUGGUUGAUCGAUGUGAAUCCGUGGGCGCCGAGGACCGAUCCGCUCCUGUUUUCGUGGUUGGAACUGUUGACCUUGGAGGUUCCGGCCGUAGAGGAGGGGAAAGAGUCGUCACAGGGGCUCCCACGGACAGAGACGCAGCCGGGAGCAAAUGGCGACGAUGGUCGCGAAGAAUUUGUCAGACUGACGAUCCAGUCUCGGGCGACGUGUCCAGCGUUUUCGGAAUACAAGCACGAACACGAGCUGGAGCAGGAAGUGCAGGCGCCUUUGGGCACAGAAGGCGACGGAGACGACGAGUCGAGCGCCGGAUCCGAAGCAGAUGCUGAUGUCGAUGCUGAUGCUGAUUCCGAAACAAUCUUUGUCCCCGAGUUCCGCCUCGUCAACCGCGACGACCCAGAAGCAUACCAGUUCUCGGCGACGAAAUACUCGGCACAUAAACUGCCCAAGGACGUCGUGGACGCUAGCCUCGCGCCAGGAGGCAUGAAGGACAUGAUGGACGAGUGGAAGAGGGUCAUGGAGAGGCAACAGCAGGAGAGUGAUACAGAUACGGAUUCGGAUUCUGGCACAAAGUACCGAGCGAUGAGCGAUGAGCGGUGUUGA